AUGAGAUUAUUAGAAGCGACCCUGUUGCUGUGGCUGACGAUAGUCACAGCGGCUUCUGCAAACAAUUUUGUUUCCAAGCACAGAGUCUGCGACCCCACGCAAAACUCCUGGCACCCAUACACCGGAGUCCGAAUCUUCAACGAUGUCGUCUACUCUUCUCCCGUCGUGGUAUCGGAUGGCGACUUCUCACACCUCGUCGAGGACCCCCAGUUCUCAGCCUCCAUCGUCGCCGUCCACUGCCAGGAUGGUGAGCCCACAGACGCCAAGAAGUUGUGGUUCGUGGGCUGGGGUAACAAAGAGAAGAUUGCCGGCCUCGCCUCUCUCUCUUCUAUGGAGGCCAUGUGGAAUCGCGAGUUCUGUCUGCUAGAUUUCCAGAAGAAGGAGACCUGCUACAAGGUGGUUCGUCGCCGCAAGUAUGCGCUUCGAAAACUUCCUCUGUUCCGUGCCGGAAAGAUCAUCGGUGGUCUGUUCCAGAGACACCCAGAGGUGGAAUCCGAGAAUGGCAUGUCUGACCCCAUGGACGACUACGAGGUUGUCGAGGACCACGACAAGAAGGCCUGCAAGGGCUGUGGCAAGAAGAGCUGCAGCGGUAAGUGCAAACAGGCCAAGAAGAAAAAGAGUACCUGUGGCAAGUGCGGCAAGAAGGGAUGCAGUGGAAAGUGCAAGAAGAAAGCGCCCCCCGCCCCUAACGAGCCUGACCACCCGUGCCGUGGCUGUGGUGAGAAGGAGUGCCAGAAUGGCGAAUGUGGUGAGGUUCCCGAUACCCCUUGUCCUGGUUGCGAUGUUCCUCAGUGUCCUGGCAAGUGUGGCAAAGACCCCAAGCACCCCUGCGAAGGCUGCAACCGCAAGAAGUGCAAGGGAGAGUGCGGUCUCAUCGAGGAUCCCAUCGAGAUCAUCUCGCCUUAUCCUCAGCCCUCAACCACUUAUGAGCCUGAUUGGGAUUCAUGGACACCCCCAACCACAGAGCCUGAGCCACCUAUCUACAGUCCUGCUCCGGGAUGGCCGGAGGUCCCCAUGAGCGAGACGUCCUCUACCCCCGUCGACUACGUCACUGUUACCACCACUGCAUCUCCAUCUGAUGUGCCUGCUACUUCCGAGUCCCCUGCUACUUCGGAGUCCCUUGUCUCUUUGGAGACUUCUGUUUCCGAGUACACCUCCACAUCUAUUGAGGCCACUAGCACUGCCGAGUCACCCGUCACCCAACCCUCCGAUGUGCCAAUGGAUCCCAGAGAUAGCUUGAAGGAAGAUCAGCCUUAUGAUGAUUACGAUGAUCAUUAUGACGACGGUUACGAGGACGAGCCCUACUAUGACGAUGAUGAUGACGAUUACCCGCCUCACUACGACGAUGACGACUACGACUACGAUGAUGACGACUACGAUGACGAUUUCGAUGAUCCAUACCAUGAUCCCGACCACGAUCUCGACUUUGACCACCCUCCUCCUAUCCCCGACUAUCCUUCUCCACCUCCACCCACCACACCUAUCGACAAUGAUCCAGUCACAGCCCCCAAGCCUUGUCCCGAUCCCAAUUGUGGUCACAAGAGCUGCCAGCGGUCCAGAAAAAUUGAGAUUGACAUUCGUAUCAACAAGCAAGGCCAUGUCCGUCGUGAUGAGGUCCCUGAGGAUUCUGCAGAUGGCAACGUCGAGAGUGCACAGUGGCCGUACCCUAUCCCUUUCGAUCACCCCUACGACAAUGCCUACCCCUGGCCUCACCCUGCCUAUCCUAUGGGCCCUCGCGUUGGUCAUCGACGUUCUCGAGUUCGUCACUCCAAGAACAAGCACAAGUCAUAUCCUUGUGACGACACUGGUUGUGAGAACGAGAGAUGUCUGCGUGCUCGUCGUGCCAUCGAGAUUGAAAUCAUCCGAGCUCACAAUGCCUCCGUCUUCUCUGCAACUCAGGGGCCUGCACCUUCUCCUGCCGCCAUUGUCCCUGAGACCGAGUACGUCCCUCAGAACCUUCUUGAUCUCUUCAAGCAUUUCCAUCCUCCCUGUUGUGAGCUGGAUUGUGGCCAUGAUGACUGUGACAACUCUCGAAGCCGAAUUGAGCUGAACAUUCGAAUCAAGGAGCAGGGCGGAAACAUCACCGAUGAUCCUCUUAAGCCCCCCUGUGGCAUCAAUCAUCCUCCUGUGGAAGAUUUGCUUCCUCAGAACCUCAAGUGCCUUUUCAAGAUGUUCCAUCCUCCUUGUAAGGGCGGUGGAGGUUGUGGUGGCUGCAACAGUAUCGAGCUCGACAUUCGAAUCAAGGAGAACGACACUGACACCGACAAUAGCACUUCUGCGCCUGAGUUGAAGAAGCGUCAUGCUUUGGAGGGCGAGACCAUGGUUGAGACCCAGCGGUUAGACUGGUUCCGAACCCCCUCUGCUCGUCAGAGAGGCCGAGGUCGAUCCGGCCGACAAAUCCGUGAGACCAUUAUCAGCCAGCAAGAGGAGAUGGCCAAGAACAAUGGUUUGAUGGAUCUACACGAGCUUUUCAGACAGAAGCACAAGGAAAAGUUUGGAGAGCCCUGCGAGGAGGUUGACUGUGGUCAUGACGAGUGUGACGACAUGCGAGACAUGCGAGACCGAUACCCCCAGAAGCAUCAUCGUCCCCGGCCCAUCACACGAAACAAGGGCUCGAGCACCAUUGAGCUGGACAUCCGGAUCAAUGAGAACGGCACCACUGUAAAGCGUGAUCUUUCGGCCUUGGAGGGGUCCAACAACACCAUGUCGGGUGCUAAUUCUACUGUCGUCAAUCGCUCUGGCAAGGCUAGGUCACAGCAGGCUCGACGGCGAGGUCCCUUCAACAGAUACCCCUCGUCUCGAAGCCGAUAUGGCAACCGUGGCGGCUACAGACGGUAUGGAGAAGAUGGCACUCCUCUUCCUGCACCUCCAGGAGCGGCUCCUGUACAUCCUCCUCACCAUGCCUUCCCACCUCCUCUACAAGAGCCUGAGUCCAUGCCUCAGCGGCCGGUUCACCAGCCACAGCCACCGCCACAGCCACAGCCGAAUCCUACGCCUCCGUACCCCUACAAUCCUUCUCAGCCUCAGCGUCCUGUUGAUUACCCCUCAGAACCUCUUCCCGGAUACCCUGGUAACGGGCCUCCUUCAUACCCUCCCCCGCCCGUGCGAUACCACCCUCCCCCGCCCCCCGUUGAUGACCAUCCAUACCCUCUUCCCGACGGCCCGUAUCCCCUUCCAUCUCAGGUACCUGCGCCUGCUCCUCAGCCCUCCGGAGAGCCCAAGGAGCCUUGCAACAACCAUAACUGUGAGCACAAGAACUGUGCCAACCUGAGACGAGGCCUGUCGAUUGAUAUCCGAAUCAACAACGAGAACGGUACUACUGUAAACACGGCGCAGUUUGGCUCUAUCGGCCCUAUCCAAUUGCCCAACUUCCUGCCUGUGCUGCCUCUGAUUGCUGACAACAUCAUGAACUCGUGGGUGCGAGUUGCUCGAAACCGGGUCCACCUCAUGAUGCCUCUGGUCCACUCUGCGGAUGUCCUCGACGUUCAGUAUCCUCAGAACAACGACAUGGGGUGGGCUCAGAAACUGAGCGUCAACGAGAACUAUGACUUCAAUACCGAGGCCCGUAACAUGGCGGAGGUGAUGUUUGACAAUGCACUUGCCAAGUCCAUGGAUACACACUCCAACCUUACUGGUGAGGUUCUCGGAGUUUAUUCGGUGGCAGCCAAUGCCGACCCCAACACCCCCAGCGAGCAGUCUCUGGAACGGAUUCUCCAGGACAUCCAGGUGCUGUCUCCCAUUGACCAAAUGGUUGCGCUGCUUACACAGUUCCAGAGAGAGAUGGCGCCUCCUAUGGGUUCGUCUCAGCUGGAGGAGGCACGUGCCAAGUAUAAGCAGGCUAAGGAGCGGGCAAAACAACUUGCUAACAAACUGAGCUACUAA